CCUAGCACAUAACGGUAAAACGGACUCACGGGCCAGCCAAAGCAGCCACUUUAAAGCCACAUAACUGUACGUCGUGGCAUCAAUCAUAAUCGGUCCCAGUUGGCGCAGGUAGUGACAGUGGUCAAACGGAUAGCGCGAAUUAUUCUACCGCGUCACAAAAAAGCGGAAACGGAAAUCCGACGGUGUUGUUGUUUUGACCGGUGCAGCAAAAGUGAGAAAGUGUAAAGUUUUGUUUUGAACUUUCAAUACUUGUCGAACGAAAAUGAUUGAAUGAGUUAGUGUACCGUGUGAAAUAUACCGCAAACUCGUUUUUUAAAGUUUCAAGGUUUAUUUCUAACCUCGCAAACUUGUGUGUGUAAUUUUAAACGGCUGACACGUACAUUUGACAGUUCAACGAGAAGUUAUCAUUUAUACUGGGAAUUUGGCGUGAAGAUAAGGGUUCGAAGUGGAAAUUUAAAAGGUCACCUUAGUCCCAGCGAACACCAGUAUGGGUCCACUACUAGUCUUCUUCCUGUACAUGCUACAAUUGCAGGCGACAAUACGAAGCGAAAUCAUAGAAUCACCAAAUGAACAACUAAACACCAUAUCCGACACUGAUGACGCCGAUUUAAAUGAAAGCGAGUCCAACGAACGAACUGAGAAUUCGCAAAAAUUACCUUUCAUACAAACAGGACGCGAUCCAACCGAAGUAGAGUUUCGUUAUCCCAUCGCAUCCUUAAAUAUUGACUACACGAAAAAUUUGAUUAUUUUGAAAUUUCGUAAGUCCAAGGCCGACGAAGAGGAGGAGCGUCGUCGCAAAUCGUUUAAUGAGAAUUUCAUGCGCUUCGGACGUGCGAAUGCCGAUUUUAUGCGUUUUGGACGCGAUGCAGAUUUCAUGCGCUUCGGACGCAGUCCAUCCGACUUUAUGCGCUUCGGCAAACGUGCGCUCGAACAAGUGCCCAAAAUGAAUAGUCUUGAUCAUGAUUAUAAGGUUAACUACGAUAAGUGCACCGAUGCGGGUCGACGCAUUGAACGCAGUCAAGAGGGUAUACGCGAUUCACGCGGUGACAAUUUCAUGCGUUUCGGUCGACCAGCUGAUGACUUUAUGCGUUUUGGACGUAGCGCGAAUGACUUCCUACGCUUUGGCCGUGCUUCCGGUGAUUUUAUGCGCUUUGGUAGAAAUCCUUCGGACUUUAUGCGUUUCGGACGUGGUGGUUCUAAUGAUUUCAUGCGUUUCGGUCGCAGUUCUAAGAAUGAUUUCAUGCGCUUCGGACGCACGCCAAAGGAACAACGUGGGGAGAAUCAAGAUUUCAUGCGUUUCGGGCGAACGGACAAUUUCAUGCGCUUCGGUCGAACACCGGCCACAGCAAAACAACCAACGAUUACACCGAACUUCAUGCGUUUCAGUAAACCCGAUCAGAAUUUCAUGCGUUUCGGCAAGAGUUUGGGGCAGCAAGCUAAUGAAAAUAGCACAAAACCCCCAUUACCCAGAGAGGUGAUCAAAGAAGCCGCGAAAAUUCUACAUCAAGCCGAACAAUAUGGUGGUAUAGGCGAAAGUAAUCCCAUGGACAGAGCUAUUAAGGUGUUGUUUAGUAAGGAUGGCGAGCAUGAAACCUCGGCACAAAACGAGAAGAGCGCUCAAAGUGACGCCGAAGCGAUCGAUGAGGACACAGAUGCUGAUUACGAACUAAAUGUGGUGCAAUGAGCUGAAUAUACAUAAAUGAAUGGGCUUCAAGCUGGUACCAAAUUUGACGACCUUAUGUAUAUAAUUACUUCGCUAAAAUUGAUGAACUGGCCACGGAAACUUACACAAGCACACAUAACCUAUACAAAUAUAAAGCAAAAUAUAAUUUUGAUAAAAAAAAUUAUAUAAAUUAGACGUAAAUAUGCAUAUAAAGGGUGUAUGCUGUAUACAAAAACUGGAAAAAUCUUUGUGUAUCUUAUUUGACAUGUUUGGAAGUGAAUUUUUACUAGGGCUGGAAUAAAAGUUCACUUCCUGAGCGACUUCCUUACUUUGAGUAAACAUAAAAAUGUGAGCAUGCAACCCAGUAUACGAGUAGAUGUUUCAAUGUAAACUAUAUAAAUAUAUAUUAUAUAUACUUUGAGAUUUUGUUAAAAUAAUAUAGGAAAAUCAAAUA